AUGACGACGUUGUCGCCGAUAGUAUUGAGUCAAGUCAAUGAAUCCGCACGUGGUCCAACGGCUUAUUCACACUGGGUUAUUCCAAAUCUUUUAUUAGCAAGUGCAUAUCCCGGGGAGAGAAAUCCCGAUGCUCAUCAACGUUUAACACGACAAAUCAUCGAUGCUGGUGUUGAAGUUGUGGUUAAUAUUAUGGAAAUUGAAGAAUUGAAAAGAUUUACACCAUAUCAACAGACAAUGUUAGAACAUGCAGCGGAAAUUGAUCGUCAAAUGGAAUUUAUUUCAUUUCCAAUUCGUGAUCAGUCAGUUCAUCAAGAUAAUCAGCGUGUUCUCGAGUUUUGUCUCGAACUUUGUGAACGAGUGAAAAAAGGACAAGUUGUUCUCGUUCACUGUUGGGGUGGUCAUGGUCGAACAGGAACAAUUAUUUCAAUAAUGAUUGGAAUUUUAUUCAACUUGAAUAGUAAAGAUGCAAUUGCAAUGAAUUGGCAACUGCACGAUCAACGUGUUCGAACGAAUGGAAUCCCGAGUCCAGAGACAGGAGUCCAAACGGAACAAGUUAGAGUUGUUCUUGAUGAGAUGUAUCAUAAGAACAAAGAUCAAGGGAAAACUAAAGCUUGA